AUGAUUCCUGAAGAAUUAAAAGCCGAGUUUGAUCGUAUAUUUAAAGAAACCGAAAAGAAAAUAUAUGGACCAAGCUUGGAGGAUAUGCCAUUUCGUAUUGGUCCACUCCAAUAUGCAGGCCUUGGAGAUUUCAGACCUGUUCCUGAAAAUAUCAAGCCAUCAUGUUUGGAAUUCCAGCUAACAUUACCAACAAUGGAUAUACAGCCAGUGUUUGAUCUUGUAACAGGAAAAUUAGUUGAUUAUAAAGAUAUUCCAGUUUCUACUCUUUCAACAGAUAAUCCAGCACUCGUUCGCCCAGUUACAGAUAUUGAUGACUAUCUUGGGGGCACUGGACCCAAUAAACAAACAAAACUUCAAGAACAAGAUUUUACUACUUAUUUAUCAGCAUUAGAAACAGGUACAAACUUACUAACAACUCCGUUUGACGAAGGUGUUUCAGAAGCCGAAACACUCGAACCUCUUCCAGAUCUUCCAGAAAUUCAAGCUUCUACUGAAUACAGAGCCCCAGCAGAGACAGAGAAAGAGGAGCCAAUUUCAGAACCGUACAAACUUGAUGAUUGGGACACAUCUCAGUUCCAAACAGAAGUUCCAAAGCCAGCUUACGAAUUCAACUUCAAGUGCGAUAAUUUCCAGGUCAGAUCCAUGUACAGACUCGAGAAGAACCAAAUGGUAUUUGUUUCUGCCCCUACAUCUGCCGGUAAAACAGUCGUUGCUCAAUAUGCGAUUGCAUUAGCCAGACAACACAAAAUGCGCGCAAUUUAUACAUCUCCUAUUAAAGCUCUUUCGAACCAGAAAUACCGUGACCUCAACAAAGUCUUCCACGACGUCGGAAUUCUUACAGGUGAUGUAUCUCUUAACAGAGACGCUUCCGUACUCAUUAUGACAACAGAAAUUCUUCGAUCAAUGCUUUACAGAGGCGCCGAUCUUCUCCGUGAUGUCGACGUCGUUAUUUUCGAUGAAUGUCAUUAUAUUUCUGAUGAAGAACGCGGUGUUGUCUGGGAAGAGUCCAUUAUUCUUAUGCCACCUCAUAUCAACAUGGUUUUCCUCUCAGCUACAAUUCCAAACGAUACAGAAAUUGCCGCAUGGAUUGGUCGUACAAAGAAUCGCACGGUUUACGUCGAACGCCAUACCGAACGUCCUGUACCUCUUGUCCACUGCCUUUAUGCCGCUAACGAUCUUGCUGUUCUUAAACAACCAGGCAAGACAUUCGAUAGUCAAAAAUUCAAGAGGCUUGAGAACAAGUUUAAAGAGAAACAGAAGAAAGGACCGAAGAGAGAAUUGUUUACUCCACAAUAUUGGCAGAAAGCAAUUGAUAAAUUCGUUAAUGCUGAUUUAUUACCAGUUUUAAUGUUCUCUUUCAGCCAAAAGAACUGCGAAAAGUUCGCAGAAUUCGCCAAACAGAAGUGUCUCAUUGACGAUAAGCAGAAAGCCCACGUAGAACGCUUCUUUACGCAAUCAAUUUCCAGAUUAAAGCCAAAUGACCGUUGUUUACCACAAAUCGAGCAAGUUAGGUCACUUUUGGUCAAUGGUAUCGGCCUUCACCAUGGUGGUAUGCUUCCAAUUCUCAAAGAAUGCGUUGAAAUUUUAUUGGCCGACGGUUAUGUCAAAGUUUUAUUCUGUACAUCGACUUUCGCUAUGGGUAUCAACGUUCCUGCACGUUCUUGUGCCUUUACAAGCCUUGAAAAGUUUAAUGGACAAGAAUUUGUUAAUUUAACUCCUACAGAAUACGUCCAAAUGUCCGGCAGAGCUGGCCGUAGAGGUCUCGACUCCCAGGGCCACGCGAUCCUUAUGGUUACUAAGGAAUUCCCUGAAGAAGCCUUCAUUCAAAAAAUGUUCGACGGAAAAGUUGAGAAACUGAACUCACAGUUCUACAUCAGAUUCAACAUGAUCCUCAAUCUCAUCAGAACACAAGGUAUGGAGAUGACAGAUUUGAUGAAAAGAUCAUUAUCUUCAAAUACAGUUCAGUCCGCCAUUCCAAAGAAGAAAGAAGCUCUUGCAAAGGUUGAAGAAGAGAUCAAGAACUACAAGAGAGCAGAUUGUGCUCUUAACGCUAAAUUAGAGCCAAAUUUCUUGGAAUUCAACACAGAUAUCGAAGAUUCACUUGAUAUCUGCGGAAACUACGCCGAAAUUAUUAGAAAGCUCCAAAUCAAUGCCAAGCAUAUCAAAGAAAAGUACGGAAGAGAUUUCAAAUCCAAAAUUCUCCAAAAAGGCCAAUUAGUUUUCAUUUCCGAGUACGGUGGAGAAAUCGCCAUCAUCAAGAAUGUCACAGCGACUAACGUAGAGCUCCAAACUUCUCUUGUUUCAACACUUAACGUUCCAUUUGAAAAAAUCCUCAUAAUUUUCCAGAACAAGGUAAAUUCAAGCGUUUUAAUGGCUCAAGAAAAGGAAAAGGGUCUUGAAGUUGCAAAUUAUUUGAAACUUUUCGGUUCCCAAGAUAUUGAUUUGCAUACAAUGCAUACAGAGAUCGAAGACUGCUGGUCCUUCAUCUCCAAGCAUCCCUGCUUCACAUGCGAUAUUCGUUCAAGCCAUUAUCCAUCAAGUAUUAAUCAAAUCGAAAACAUUGAGAAGAAGAAGAGGCUUGAUGACGAAAUGGAUGAUGAGAAAUUGGCAUUCAUGCCAACCCUGAAGUCAAUGAUCAAUAUCUUGAAGGACCACGAUUACAUAUCUCAAGAUAAUGUCAUCCAAAUCAAAGGAAGAGUCUCCAUUGAGCUCAGUUCCGCAAACGAAUUCAUUGCUACUGAGUUAUUGACGAAUUCCUUCUUCGAUGACUUAGAACCAGCCGAAAUCGCCGGAAUUGCUUCUUGUUUGGUCGCACAAAAAGCAGGCAACAAAGAAGAGAAUUUCGAGAUUCCUGACUAUUUCGCUGAGAAAGUCCAGUUUAUGCAGGAAAUUGCUCAACAAUUGGUUGAUGAUUUCGAUAACUACCAGAUAGAUCACCAAGAUGAUUUCGUUGAAUACAACGUUAACCCACACGCAAUCAUGCCUGUAUAUCAAUGGGCUAGCGGAGCAGAUUUCAUCGAUAUCAUGCAAAUCACACUAAUUCCUGAAGGAACUCUAGUCAGAGUCAUCAUGAUGACAAACGAACUCCUCAAAUCCCUUUCAAAGGCUUCAAAACUUAUCGGAAAUGUCGAUUUGGUCGAAAAGUUCGAGAAAGCAAGCGAAGCAAUCAGAAGAGAUAUCAUAUUCGCUGCUUCUCUUUAUCUUAACUAG